UCAACUCUGGUGAGACUAGUUAGUCUGUGUCUGCACCUCCUUCACUGAGGUCUCACCUUUCAGCAGCACUAGGGACUUUGUGUGUGUCUCUGCCUGUGUGUGUUUAUUUAAUUUUAUAAUUUUUUUUUGUGCCGUGUCUCAUGGACACCAGACUUACCUGUGGACCAUGGCUGCUCGUCCUUCUCGUGGGAUGUGGUCGACUGUGGGCUUUCAACCUGGACACCGACAAUUACCAGAGGAAGAACGGGGAGCGCGACAGUCUUUUCGGCUUCUCCAUGGCGAUGCACCGGCAACUUCAACCGGAGGAUAAGCGAAUGUUGCUGGUUGGUGCCCCCCUAGCGAAAUCAAUCCCAGGUCAAACAUCUACAACAACAGGAGGGCUCUACAGAUGUGACAUGAGCUCCUCCUCCAGUUCAUGCACCAGAAUUAACUUUGAUAGUGAUGAGGAUAUAAAAAGAGAAAGCAAAGAAAAACAGUGGAUGGGAGUGACAGUCAACAGUCAGGGACCAGGAGGGAAGAUUGUGACCUGUGCCCAUCGCUACCAGCGCCGGGCCAACAUGAAGACGGACAUCGAAUCCCGUGACAUUCUCGGACGCUGCUACGUGCUGAGUCAGAACUUGGAAAUUGAUCCUAGCUCGAGUGAAGAUGGAGGUAGCUGGCACUUCUGUGAGAGUCGACCCAGAGGCCAUGAGAUGUUCGGCUCCUGCCAGCAGGGCCUCUCUGCCACAUUUGACAAGGACUUCCACUACCUCAUCUUUGGGGCUCCUGGGGCAUACAGCUGGAAAGGUGUGGUACGCUUGGAACAAAAAAAUGACUCCUUACUAGAUAUGGGCAUCUAUGACGAUGGUCCUUUUGAGACGGGAGAUGAGCGAGAGAAGAACCCUGAUCUAGUUCCUGCUCCUCCCAACAGCUACCUGGGCUUCUCUCUAGACUCAGGAACGAGUUUGACCAAGAAGGGUGAGCUGAUAGUGGUGGCAGGAGCGCCGAGGGCAAACCACAGCGGAGCAGUGGUGCUGCUGAAGAAAGGCUCAUCUUUAAGCAACAUCUUGCUGGAAGAGUACAUCUUGGAAGGGGAGGGGCUGGCCUCGUCUUUCGGUUAUGAUUUGACUGUACUUGAUUUCAAUGGGGACGGCUGGCAAGAUAUUGUGGUGGGAGCACCGCAGUACUUCGAGAAGGAUGGAGAAAUUGGUGGAGCCGUCUAUGUCUUCAUCAACAAAGCAGGAAAGUGGAACAAAGUCACACCAAUCAGAAUAGAUGGAGCCAUGAACUCCAUGUUUGGCCUGGCUGUGGAAAACCUGGGAGACAUGAAUUUGGAUGGUUUCCAGGACUUUGCAGUGGGAGCUCCUUAUGACGACAACGAUGCAGGGAAAGUCUACAUCUACAGUGGAUCGGCAGCAGUACCCAGCUCUAUAAAACAUGUUCAGGUGUUGCUCGGCCAACCUUUAGGAGUGAAGUUGUUUGGCUACUCUUUGGCAGGCAACAUGGACCUGGAUGAGAACUUCUUCCCCGACCUGGCUGUCGGAUCCCUCUCAGACUCUGUCUUUGUCUUCAAAGCCCGUCCAGUUAUUAGCAUAAAGAAAGAAAUCAAGUUCACACCAAAGGAAAUCAACCUCAGUGAGAAGAACUGUGCCAACGGCUUCUGCUUGGAUAUUGAAGCGUGCUUCACCUACACCACCAGCCACAAGAGCUAUGCUCCCAAACUGACGGUGGCAUACUCCCUGGAGGCAGACGCUGAACACAGGAAGCGUACUCGCACUUCGCGGGCAAACUUCCUCGACGCCGCUGGCGCAGAAAAGGGUUACGAUUCCAAAGGCACUCUCAUCUUGAACACCAAAGGAACAAAACAGUGUGUUAAACGUCGGCUUGUCAUAAAGGACGACAUUAAAGACAAGCUGCGUGGGAUCUCCGUCAACAUGUCUGUCAACAUCAUGGAUGCUAAACGUAACCGCAGGCAGAGCACAGCUCCUCUAACACCUGUCCUUGAUACCAAUGACCCACCCAUGGCUGAAACAGUGGUGCAAUUUCGGAAGGAGGGUUGUGGCGAUGACAACGAGUGCAACAGCAACUUGCAGUUGGAAUAUCGCUACGGCAGCAUGUCGUCUGACAACAAGAAAUUCGUCCCAUUAGAACUGGAGAAUGGCGUGCCCCUUAUCUCACUCAACAAUCAGGACGUCGUCUUGGAGGUCAAAGUAACCAACCUCAAGGGAGACGACGCACACGAAGCUUCUUUGAUGGCCACCUUCCCAAGCUCCCUGACUUACUCUCGUCACAGCGUUCCACUGGGUGAGCGAUAUAUAAGCUGUACCGUCAACAAAGACGGUUCUAAGAUUGAUUGUGACCUUGGAAACCCCUUCAGACGAGACUCAGAGGCGACGAUCUACAUUAUUUUGGAUACAUCAGGCAUUUCUCUCAGCACUACUGAACUGGAGACAGAUCUUGAGUUUGAGACGACAAGCAUCCAGAAGAGCACAGGUCCGGUCAAAGCAAAGGCAAAGGUGGCCAUCAUGUUGCAGCUGUCUGUAUCAGGUCAAAUCCAGCCGUCUCAGGUCUACUUUACAGGACAGUCCAAAAGUGACGCAGGCAAGAAGACUGAGAAUGACAUUGGCAGUGCAAUCACACAUCAGUUCAGAAUAAUCAACCUGGGAAAGAACUUGGCAGACUUUGGCAACGCUGUCCUCAACAUCAGGUGGCCAAAGCUGACAGACAAGGACAAGGGGCUGCUCUACCUGACAAAGAUCAGCUCCACAGGAGUGGACCAACUCGUCUGCACUCCUAAAAAUGAGAUCAACCCUCUCAUCCUGGAACCAAGUCGCAUCAGAUCAAGAAGAUCAGUCGGAAGCUCCCAGGGAAGUGAAGAGGGCACCAUUGCUCGUUAUAAAUCAAAGAAAUCAGUAACACUGAGCUGUGAAGAUGGGGCUAAGUGUGUGACAAUAAAGUGUCCCCUGCGGGGCCUGGAAAGAAAUGCUGUCAUCAAUGUACACUCUCGCCUCUGGAACAGCACCAUGGCUUCGGAUUUUGAGUCGUUUCAUCACGUGGAGGUGAUAGUGAAGGCCUCACUGCAUGUUGACAGCACAACAAAGAACACGUUGCUCCAAAAUGCAGAGACACAGGUGAAAAUGACGAUUUUCCCAGACACGCGCUCAGCUCGGUAUGGAGGAGUGCCGUGGUGGAUCAUUGUGCUGUCUAUCCUUUUCCUACUGCUGCUGUUAGGCCUCCUGGCCUUCCUUCUCUGGAAGUGUGGAGUCUUCGGAAAAAAGAAUAAAGAGGAGCCACCAGAAAAAGAGACAUUGACUUCAAAUACAUAAAAACAGAGAGAGGUGUGGCUUUUUUAAACGUGCCAAAUAUGAAGACAAGGUUCCCAGUUACAGUGAAGUUUGGAUCAAAGACGAGGACAGAGCAGUAGAUGCUGGGAACGGUAACUGGGAAAACCUGGAAAAGAAGCCAUGGGUGACAACCUGGCAUGACAACAACUCUUUUUCUUAAAAGCCAAGGAAAUCUGAUUUCUGAUCCACACAGAUUUUCACUGAUUUUUCCUGCCCCACCUUUGCAUAACUCAACUGCAAAUAUACGUUUUUUAAAAAAAUUUAAGAAAAUAAAAGGGAAAAAAAAAAACUUUUUGUAAAAGUAUUUGAUCAAAUAUUCUGCUUCAGUGGCCGAUUUGAUCAGUUAGUCUGUAUGAAUCACUGAAGAGGAGAGCUGUAGUUUGUCAGCUUCGGGGCUUUUGUACAGUACAUUUGUUUAGUGAGGACUGGGGUAGAGAAGGCAGAACAAUGGUAGCGUUUCUGCAUAUUUUUCUAUAUUUUUUUGAAAAGGUUUUACAGAAAUGUUUGUAUUUAUUCUUUGAGUAGUUUGUGAAAUGCUCUACAGGCAAAAACAGUCAUGCAAUUUUACACAUGGGUGACUAUAAAUACAGUACUAUAAAAUCAAAAUCUCAUCAACUGCUUCAUAUUCAUCGGUUCUUCAAUUGUUUAAGUCGUGCUCAAGGUGCCUCAGGUUGAAUAUGAAUGAAUUCCUGUUUUCAAAUACUUGGUUUGUAAACUCAAUAUUAAGCCUCAGCCAAACUCCUUUUAAUUAACCUUUUCCAAAUUUGGAUAGGAGCAAACGGUCUCUUGAAUAAAUGUUUUGUCAAA